AUGAUUAUUUCAUUCGGAGGAGUUGCUCGUAAAAAAUAACCUGAUUAAGACAUCAAGCAGAAAACUAAUGAAGGAUAGCCAGGUACUUCUGGUAUAAAUGGAAUGUCUGAGGAGCUCAGAGAUGAACAUUACAAUAAGAAGCUGAUGGAGGCAUUCUAACUCAAGAACUAAAUGAGAAAUUACGAGGCUCUUGAGAUCUAUCUUGAUAUUAUAGGCCAAGAGUUUCUAAAGGACUCUAAAAUUGAUAAGCAUGUGUAUAUGAGAUUUAAUGCAUUCAAAAACAUCGGAGAGAUCUAUGAAAGGGCUAUUAAAAUCAAGGAAAAAGAUCCCUUCAUCUGGACUAGAUUAGGCUUUUUGGAGUAUGAAACUUUCAAAAAUUUCAACUUAGCUAAAUCAUGUUUUGAAAUUGCUAUCUAAUCUUAUACUACAAUCUAAAGAAGAUCAUCUCACAUCAAUCCGAUACUAGUAAAGCUAGCUGAGAUAGCUUUUCAAGAGUUUGAUUACAAAACUUCUGAAUAAAUGAUCGACUCCAUACUAGUUAGACAGAAUGAAAGAGGCGAUCAGAAGUCUGAAUUUUUCGCUUUUCUGAUGAAAUCUUAUUUCUGUUCUUGGAAAGGUGAUGAUAGAAUGAAUCAGGUCUACCUAUUUAAUGCGAGAAAAAUUUAACCUAAUGCAAAAUACUCAGACUUAGAAAUUAUCAAGAAAUUCAACGAAAGUGUACAAGAGAAGCUUUAAAGUAAAGACUUGGUUAUUAAAUCCAAAAUUUAUAAUCAAGAAUUCGAUAGAGUUGAGCACUCAUAUGAAGUUCUUAGAGCUUAAAACUAAUAACAUAUAAUACAGCUUAAGCCGCAGAAAGAAUACUCAACCUUAUUUGAGUACUUUGAUGAUUUCUUGUUACAAUUAGCAGCAUCAUGCGAAUAAGUAUCUUGGGAUACACUGUAAAAUUCACUCAUUGAUUCCUCAAAAUACUCAGUAAUUUUUGACUAGUAUUUUUAAGAUUCCUAAGCAACUUUUGAGGAUUAGUUGAAAAAAUACAAUGAUAUUAUGAAUCAAAAAGAGAAGAAGAACUGUGCUCAAGAAUAAUAGACAAACAGCACAAUCGCUUAGCAACCAAAUUAGACUAAAAAACAGGCUGCGACUUAAUAGCAAAAUGCGUAGGAAACCAAGAGAUAACUAAGAAAGAAAUUAGACUCAACUGAAUAAUAAUUGAAGUAAUACAAUCUUUAAGCUUUGAAAGACUUAAAAGAUUAUCUCAUAACUGAAAACCCUUAACUUUCUGACUAGGAUUUGGAGUUCAUUUACUCUAUAAAUGAAAUUCAAGCUGCAAGAUAGUUUCUUGUUUAAGAAAAAGAGUAGAAGCCUUAAAACAAUGCAAACGAUAAUGAAAACUCUUAAAAUUUAAACAAGUAUCGUAAUUCAGGCUAGGACUUCUAACUUUCUAAGAAGAGCGAUUAGAUAUUUAAUGCUUUUGGCAAAUUUAAUAUUAUUCUAAAAAAGAUUUAAGGAAGAGGGGUGUUAUAUGUUCUGAGAAACAUGUUGAGGUAUUUGAUUGAUGAUGAUAACAACAAGAAUUUGCUUUUGAAUUUUGAAAAUUCUUGCUAUCUUUACAGAUUAUUCCUAGUAGUAGUAAAUAAUGAUUUUUCAAUUUAGUAACUUGACGCUUUUGGUUCAUUCUCAGUUAUUCUUACCUUAUUUGAAAUGUCUCUCUUUAAUGAUUAAGUAAUGAAGCAUGUGAAAUCAAAUGGCUUAAUAUCCUAGAGAAAAGGAUUUUACGAUUAUCUGAAAGACAAAGAGAUAGAAGUAUUUAUUAUAAUGAAUAAAGAUAUCUAAUAUUGGUAAGAGUCUUCCUAAAACUUAGAUAAAAUACAUUAAUUUGAGAGCAUCAAAAUAAGGUUUUUCAAUUGUAUGAUGUUUAACUCAUUUGAAAUUUUGAAUGACAUGCAUUCGAGUAUCAGAUAUUUUUAGAGAUUAGAUAUUGAGCAACUUAGAUAGUUUGGUUCAGUUUGUCUUCCUUGGAUUUCUAGCAACUAUAGCAUUGAUGAAUAUAAAAUUGCUUAGUAUGGAAGUUGCAAGAUAAAGGAAGCUUAGGUUUUCAAAAACAAUGAUGUCAAGUUAAUGGAAUUGAAGAGCAAGCAGUUGGAAGAAAGACAGGGAAAGAUUUCUGGCGAAUAAAUACAGCCUUAGUUUAGCGAGCUUACUUAUUUUUAUCUCGAUCAGUUAUGCAUAUAUCUCUAAAAAGCUUACUAAAAUGAAUUCUCUGUGUCUGCUAAUUUCUCUACCUAAGAAGAAAAGAUAAAAGAGAUGUGGGAUAAACUAUCAUAUUCAUUGUGUUACAGUGAAUCACGCACUAUGUUUAGAGUAGUGAAUCACUUAUUCAGUAUAUUGACUGCCUUUCAAAGUCUUUAGAAAUAAUACUACGAUUAAUAUAUGCUUAAAAAAUUAGAGUUUGAAAAGAUUUUAUGCGAAAUCUCAGACAAACUCAAAAUAGUCUUCAUCAGAAUAAUGGAAUCUACAAAGGAAUCUAACUUUGAUGAUAUAUCUCUUCUUAAGAAUUCUUUGAUUCAUGAACUUAGAGAUAUAACUAUGACUACAGAACCCCGUAAACAAAUCAAUGAACUUAUGAGAACAGAAUAAAAUCUCUUAAGAUUGUUAAGUAACGAAUUCACACAUUACCAAGUGAACUAGCAGCAAAUUAAGUAGGGAGAUAAAAUUCUUUAGUCAAUAUAAAUGAGCUUAUUCUACAUGGAGAUGUUCAUUGCCAUUCUUAAGUCUAAUCAUGGUGAAGAUCUUAAUACUUAGUUGAAAUAGGUGACUAAACUCAUUAAGCAAUUUGAUAAAGUUUGCAAGAAAAAUCAUGAAGUAUUCUUAAAAUCAUACUUCUAUUUCCUUACUCAAAUUUUCCCACCAUUGAUGAACUUCUUCGUAACUCAUGUCAAUUAUUUAGAUUCUUCAAAGGAAAUUCAUCUUGGGAAUAUUAAUGGGUCAUCUGGCUUUAUCAACAAUAAUAAUGAUUUACUUGCUUUGCUGAUCUAGCUUUCUCAAUAUUUCUUUGAUCUUAAAUUCAGCAUGAAGGAACUUUAAAAACUGUCACAAGCUAAUCCGUCAAAGAAUAGCAGAGAUAUCUAAAUGAGUUCCAAGAAAAAUAGGAAUAGCCGAGAAAAUUCAGAAAACUUUUAAAGGAACAGUUCUAAGCAAGAUGAUGAGGAUGAGGAAGAAGAGGAGAGUGAGGAUGAAAAGAAAAGCUAUUAGCUUAAAAUGGUCUAUGGCAUGAAGGCUAAUCAAAACAAAAUUUGGCAGUAAAUUGUUAAUUACAAUGGAACUCAGAAAAUGAAUUUGACUGGUAGUGGCAUUUAGAACUAGCAACUGGGAUAUCUAUAUUAAAAUGAUUUAAUCGACGCUUACUUCUUGAAAGAUAUUCUAAGUUUCUGUAAUCUACUUUGCAACGGCAGACUAUCAUAAUGCGGUACCAUGAUUAAAAAAGAUGUUGCAAAUAUCAUAACUUUUCUUGAUGUAAUUUGCAAAUUCUUACUAGAGAAAUAAAAACAGAUUUUUGAAUCUUGUAGCAAAGCUAAACACUAUUAUUCUAUCUUUUAAGAAGCAUCAGACAAAACUCCAUUUAAAUUUUUCUUAAUGUACAAUAUAAGUUAACAAAAUCAACAAGUCAAAUGCACUUGUGGGACGAUAAAUCAAAGAUGUAACCUAGACAAUCUUAAAUAUAAGUAGACAAUAGAAAAUUUAUCAUCAUAAUUGCUGAAUAUAAUGUCACAUAUCUGCUUUGAAGCAUCUCCAUAUUAGAUAGUGAACUAAAAGGGUAAGAAAAAAUUAACUCUUGUUGAGAGUUUUCCAAGUCUUUAUGGAGUGGUAGGACCCAAUAAUUCCAAUACUAUUUCAUAUUUGCAAGCUCUAAGAGAUAAGCUAUCUCCAAUAAACUUGGUGUAUUCAGAUUUUAAGGUUUAAUCUUAAAUAAUCCAUACUUAAAUUUUAUCAGAAAUUUACUUAAGCGUCAAUAGUCAUAAAUUGAAUUAGGAUUACAAGACAAAUGAGAACUAUAUUAAGAAUAAAGUCAGCUAUAAAAAAUCAUUGAAUAUCAUGAUGAUAAGUUUGCUAGAGUUGUAUAACUAAAUUAAACAGGAAUUAAAAAAUGGGCGAACAUUUAUAACUUAGAAUAGCAGUAACUACUCAAUGUCAUGGGCAAAUACUAACUAGGCUCAUUUGAUAAAAAUAUGCCUUACUCAGAUGAUAACCUUAUAUUUGAUUAAUCGAUAAUAAGCAAGUAUUAAGAAUCUUUAAUAAGCUAUCAUAAUUCUGUCUAUUAUCUGUGAGAAAAUUGAGAAACUUUUGAUCCUUCAACAGGAUCCAAGAUAUCGUUGUAAUAACGCAUAUGAAGUUGAGCAGGCGAUAUGCCAAUUACUGGAAAGGUUAAUUGAAUAUAUACAGAGAUCUCAAAAUAAUUUAGGUGAUGAAGUUCAAUUUAAAUUAAUCCCCGACUUAUUUGAAGUGUACAUCUUAUAGAUGCACUCAAUCACAAGUUAGUUCUAGAACAGAUUUGAUAAUAUGGAAAUUAAUCUCUCUUUCGAUUAUCCUUGCUUGCAGUCAAUUAUAUAAAGGAAAAUGUGCGAUAAGGUGGACUUAUCGAAUGAUCCUGUACAAAAAUACAAAUUUCUAUGCUAAAUUGCUAAAUCAAUUAAAAUUGCAAGAAUGAACUAAUCUCUUAAUGGAUGCGUUGAAUUAUUUAUUAUCCUUAUAAAAUAUGGUAUUAAACUUGGACUCUAGUUAAAGUAUGAGGAAAACUGCUUCUCAGAUUAAGAAUUAGCAGAAAUGAAAAUGAUAUUUGAGACUGUGAUUUAAACAUUAUCAACUAACAGAGAUAUCUUCAAAUUUAUAUAGAACACACUUGUUCCAUAAUCAACUACAUAUCAAGUAGGGUCUGACAGAGAAGAGAGCAUUGUUCUUGAUCCUAAUAUUUCAGCCUCCUUAUUAAGAGCUUAGAUAUUUGAAACAAAUGAAAUCCCUGCGUAUAACCAAUAUGAAAAUAGCUUAUUUAAGCUUUAUCUCUAUGGAGAUAGGCUAUUCUAAUUACUAUCAUUAGCUUCUCCUAAAGUAUGGAUGAAAAUGCUUCUCCAAUAUUCUUUAGCUAAAGCCCUUAAAAUGGAAAUUGAACUAAAUCAAUGUGAGAGAAAUAGAACUUGCUUUGAAAUAAUGGAAAAGAUACGAGAUAUGCUCUUACCGUUGAUAAACUCUAUGAAUAACUAUGAGGACAAUUACCAAAACUAGAGCAUAUAAAACUUCUACUAAAAUGAUGAGAAAAAGAAUCUUAUCACACAAAUCAAUCAUUUUGACUUCUCAAUAUGCGAUCUAAGAAUAAAGAUUAGAAGAUUUUACUUGGAGAUUUGCUAGCAAUGCUAGAAGUAUGAGUAUAUUAAAGAAGUUUAAAAAAGGUUCAUUUAGCUGUAUAGACAAUCAGAAAAUUAGAAGUAAAAAGAUUCAGGUAGUACUAGUCAAGCUCUACAAGUUAUAAAGUAAAUAGAGCUGAGAAUGAUGAUGGAAUUAUCAAGGGACAAGUUUAUUGAGUCUUUGAAUCAAAGAGUCAAAAUGCAGUUGAGCAUAUUCUUAAACAUCAGAAAUAAUAUAAUAAGUAACAAUGGGUCGCUUUCAGUCUAAGAAAUGGACCAAUUAAGAUCUACAUACAAAGAUUUCAAGGACAAGCUAUUAACUACAAAAGAUUAAAUUCCUAAUCAAUUGAGAGAUGCAAUUGAUAUAUUCAUAGAAACCCAUUCUAAAAAGGGUUAUCUUAGUAAACUCAUUAAUGAUGAAUAAAAGAGACUACUCAGGUAAACUUUGCUUAUGUGUUCAGCAUUCUGUGGUCCAGAUUCAGAAGUAGCUGGAGAAAAAAUAACCUCUAAAUUCUUAGACUUUAGCAGAAUCUUCGAUGAAGAGUAUGAACUAGAUGGACUCAUGAUAAGUAUCAAAUGGUUCCUUAAUAUUCUUGAAGAAAGGACUAAUAUUGGAAAUAAGGAAGGCUCAAAUGAUAUUAAAAGAGCACCAGCAGGUUCAAAAAUUGAUCUUGAACUUUGUAAAAAGCUCAAAGCUACUUUGGAAGAGCUAGAGAAACAAAUCUAGGAUUAAAAUUAAAGAACUAUCUAAGCUUAGCAAGCAUACCAACAGCAAAUACCUUCAUUAUUUGCUGAGGAGUAAUUGAUUCCUCAAUUUCCUUCUAUUGGAACAAAGGUUUUCAAUCAAUAAUGA